CCCCCCCUCCACCACCCCACCCCCCGCUCCCGGGUCUGAUUUUAGGAGAGGAAGCAAAUCCAAAGGAGAAAACCAGAAGGAGAAGGCGGGUUUGAGAAGGGCGAGACGAUGGGCUGCGUCAAGAGCAAAGAGGACAAAGGCCCCACGAUGAAGUAUCGGCCGGAGAACUCCGCGGCGUCGGACCCCAACGCCGCCACAGCCGCGCCUCACGUGGGUCACUACGGACCGGACCCCACCCAGCUGCAGCAGAACCCGCCCCCCUCCUCUUCCGCGGCCUCCGGGGCCCCCAACUUCAACCAAAGCCUCACGCCGUUCGGAGGCUCGUCGGCCAUGACUCCCUUCGGAGGAGCGUCGUCCUUCUCCGGCCCCGUGUCCAACUCCUUCUCCGGCGCCGUUUCAAGUGGCGUGACCUUCUUUGUGGCCUUGUACGACUAUGAAGCGAGAACCUCUGACGAUCUUUCUUUUAAAAAAGGAGACCGCUUCCAGAUCAUCAACAACACAGAGGGAGACUGGUGGGAGGCUCGCUCCAUCAACACGGGUAGGAACGGCUACAUCCCCAGCAACUAUGUGGCCCCUGCUGACUCCAUCCAGGCUGAAGAGUGGUACUUUGGUAAAAUGGGGCGCAAAGAUGCUGAGAGGUUGCUGCUGAAUACAGGAAACCAUCGAGGAACCUUCCUAGUGCGAGAAAGUGAAACCACUAAAGGUGCCUACUCUCUGUCCAUACGGGACUGGGACGACGCCAAGGGGGACAACGUCAAACACUACAAGAUCCGCAAGCUGGACAGCGGGGGCUACUACAUCACCACCCGGGCGCAGUUCGACGCGCUGCAGAAGCUGGUCAAACACUACACGGAGCACGCCGACGGGCUUUGCCACAGGCUGACGUCGGUCUGCCCCACGGUCAAGCCGCAGACGCAGGGGCUGGCCAAGGACGCCUGGGAGAUCCCGCGGGAGUCGCUGCGCCUGGAGCUCAAACUGGGCCAGGGCUGCUUCGGAGAAGUCUGGAUGGGCACGUGGAACGGCACCACCAAGGUGGCCAUAAAGACGCUGAAGCCGGGCACCAUGUCGCCCGAGGCCUUCCUCCAGGAGGCCCAGAUCAUGAAGAAGCUCCGGCACGACAAGCUGGUGCCCCUCUACGCCGUGGUGUCUGAGGAGCCCAUUUAUAUCGUCACGGAGUACAUGGCCAAAGGAAGCUUACUCGACUUCCUCAAAGAGGGCGACGGCAAAUUCCUGAAGCUGCCCUUGCUGGUGGACAUGGCGGCCCAGAUCGCUGACGGCAUGGCGUUCAUCGAGAGGAUGAACUACAUCCACAGGGACCUGCGCGCCGCCAACAUCCUGGUGGCCGACAACCUGGUGUGCAAGAUCGCCGACUUCGGUCUGGCCCGGUUGAUAGAGGACAACGAGUACACCGCCAGACAAGGGGCCAAAUUCCCAAUUAAAUGGACGGCCCCGGAGGCCGCCCUGUACGGCCGCUUCACCAUCAAAUCAGACGUCUGGUCCUUUGGGAUCUUACUCACUGAGCUCGUCACCAAAGGCAGAGUGCCCUACCCAGGCAUGGUGAACCGGGAGGUGCUGGAGCAGGUGGAGCGCGGCUACCGCAUGCCCCUGCCGCAGGGCUGCCCCGAGUCCCUGCACGAGAUGAUGAAGCUCUGCUGGAAGAAGGACCCGGAUGAGAGGCCCACUUUCGAGUACCUGCAGUCCUUCCUGGAGGACUAUUUCACCGCCACGGAGCCACUGUACCAACCAGGGGAGAACCUAUAGCCUGCGUGGACUAUCCGUACGCCCGGGCGGGCACUCGCUUGAAGACGUGAGCUCUUAAUGGUCGGACUGAAAGCCGACCGGAAACCAGACCAACCAGUCACAUAAACCACUACUUUUUUUUAAUAGGUUUUGCUUUUUUAAGCAUCCGCCAUCAUUUCAUUUUACAUUUUGUAUAUUUCUGUUUUCUUAUUGAUGGUACAAGCCAAGUCUUACCUGUGUGAAAUCUUUCAUUUUAAUGUGGAUUCUUUUCACGGUGUACGUUAAGGACUGUGCUAAAAAGAAACGCAUUCAUUUCAGUUAUGUUACAGACAAUACAUGUUUGGUUCUCUCUCAUGAACACAAUUUAUCGCUGUAUAAAUAAGCUGUGAUAAUGCUUCGUAAUAGAAAAACAUGCAGUUUAAUGUGGACAUCUCGAGCUCCAAUAGCCUCCAAAUUGUAUUCUUUUGUGGUAAAUUGUGAAUUAUACAUCAAUUCAAUGAAUUAUUAACAGAUAUAAUAUAUUAUACUAACAGGGAGAAGCUCUCAGGGGACUGUCGGUCAUUAUCACAGUCCAUUUGGUUAAUUGUUGAAACAUAAAUCCCACACAGCUUAACUUAAGCUACAUUUAUUCUGCUGCAGAGCAAUUCCUUAUUUGUUACAAACCAGCGACUGCGACGACACUGUGACGUGGUCUCUUAUGCCUUUCUAAUAUUUCAAAAUGCAUUUUGUUGUUUUCAUAUCAAUUCAUUCUGUUUUCCUUUGUCUAUCUCAAACCUGUGUCACAUUUGAUCCACACCAGGCGGUUUUAUAGCUUGAUUUGAAGACUUUGAAAUGACAUCAUUCUUUCUGUCCCUCCAUUGUGUGACCUCAGUUCAAUCAGACGUAACGUGUCAGUGAGUUAGACAGUGAUGAAACUGAUGAUGAUGAAGCCAGAUUGACACUCGAUGAUUUCACGAGCUCUUUCUAGGUGGAAAACAUGAACAAAGCCUCUUUCAUGUUCAUGUAUCUAAAGUGGCUCUGCAGAAACUAUUUCUAUCUCAUAGAAACAUGUUUUUUUACAGGGAUCUUUUCCUUUUACUUAUCGGGGCAGUAUUAUGGUGGAAAGAACGCUAAUUGAUGAUUGAGCUUGUAAAGAAGGGCUUUUGUAUAUUAAAAAAAAUGCUCAUUUUCUAAGAUUAUCCCCCAAAAAUGAAAAGAUUGCAAAAUAUAUUUGGGGUAGAGGUAAUGUCUGCAGUCUGAUCCGAGGAAUUUGUACAAUAAAGACGUGAUUUUACAAA